AUGGCACAUACAUUUGAUAAUCGAAAUUUUAUUCCGGGUAAACAACAAACAUUUUAUUCUGUUGUUUCACCAUCAUCACGUCCUGAUAUAACAAAUGUUCUUUGGGAAACUUCAUCAUCAUCAUCACCAACACAAUCUUCACCAAAACCAAAUCAUGCUCCACCAUCAUAUGAAGAAAGUAUAUUUAAUAAAGCUUUAGCUAAUCGUCAAAAUUCUCGAUCAUCAUUACAUUCACCAUCAUUUCAUUAUUAUUCAAAUCAUCAACAACAAAAUAGUCCAAAUCCAACGGUAACACCAUUUAUAUCUUAUUCAUUACCAUCAACACCAAAUGAUUCUAUUCAUUGUUCAAGACAACAACAAUCAACAACAGAAGGAUAUUAUUCAUUUGUAUCGCCACAUCGAAGUUCCGAUACAAAACCUCCACCACCUGCUCGUAUGCCUAAAGUAUCAUCAACAAUAAAUAAUAAUAAUCUUCAACGGACAAAUAUUCUACCUCAAUUUUCACCAAGUGGAAUGAAAACUAGUACAACGUAUCUUAAUUCAACACAACUUUAUAUAACUCAAUCAUCACCUCGUGAUCCACCACCACCUCCACCACCACCACCACGUUAUCCACUUCAACCACCAGCUAUUCCACCACGAGGUUCACCUAUAUGUCAUCAAACGAAUUCAGUAAUUAUUCCUGAUUUUAAUUCAUCAGCAUCACCAAAACCUACAAAUCAAAUGAUUUAUCGAUCACCUGUUAUAUCAUCAACAGUCAAACGAAAUGAUAUUGUUAAUUCUCAUAUACUUAAACAUCAAUUUAAUUCAUUAUCUAUUAAUAAUAAUCAUAGACAUGAAACAAUUAAUGGAUCAAUAAUAAAAGAAUAUUCAAUGGGUCAAUGUCGAAAAUGUGGUGAAACAAUAGUAAAUUCCGAUGAUGCCUGUGAUAUACUUGGUCAAAUCUAUCAUAGUUCAUGUGCUGUAUGUGUUUUAUGUGGACGACCAGUGAAAAAUAAACAUUUUUUUGUUAAAGAUCAAUUAUAUUGUGAAGAAGAUUUUUUGUAUACAGGGUUUCAUCAAACACUUGAAAAUUGUAUAGCUUGUGGUCAUUUAAUUACAGAUACAAUUUUACAAGCACUUGGUCAUUCAUAUCAUUUAACAUGUUUUAAAUGUUUAAAAUGUUCAAUUUGUUUAGAUGGUGUGCCAUUUAUAACAGAUAAAAAUCAAAAUCUUUUUUGUUUACAUGAUUAUCAUAUGACUUAUGGACCACGAUGUGAUAAAUG